AGUCUCGCUACUUUUAAUUUAGUCCACUAUAAUCCUAAUUGAUAAGAUUUUCAUAGGCCUCUAAUAAAUUCAGGUUGAGUGAUAGCAAAAUGGCUCCUCUUAUCGUAUUUGGUGAUGGCAUGUUCAGCAAAUCUGCUGUUCAUAGGCACUUUGUGGCGUGCCUUGAGAACAAGAGAAGCAGGUGACGAUCUCCUCGCUAUAAUAGUUGAUAAAUAUCUAACAUCGCGUAUAUGCGAUUGCUGUUGCUCAGACACAUUACAAGCAUUAACACCGUCCGUGGUUAUAGUAUCCUUGUUUACAGAACUUGAAAGAAUUACGGAACCGCGAUGCCAAUGCAGCAAACAAAAAAAAUGAUGGCUAUCAGCAUUUCAAUUUGAAAAGACAAGGAAGGUCCGACGAAGUUCAACCAAAAGACAGCAUCUUCAUGCUUUUCUUAUUAUUGCCAGAACGAAACUGACUCGAUUUUUACAAGUAAACGUCUCCAGUUUACUUUAGUUCGGUCUUCAAAC